CGUGGAGUGAAGAUGGCGUCUUCUGCAAGAAGUCACUUGUGGCGAACCUACAGAACUGUUUUUACUCUGCAGAAGGGAGCCAGUGCGAGGCCUACCAACUGGAGAGUAUUUGCAGCACCUAGUCUCGCUGCUCCAUGCGGUGUUGAUGGUGUAAGAUGGUAUGCAGAUGCAUACGUUCGCGAGAAACCUCACGUCAAUGUGGGCACUAUAGGACACGUCGACCACGGCAAAACAACGCUCACAGCUGCUAUCACAAAAGUGUUGGCUGAUGCCGGCUCCACCAAGUUCAAGGAGUAUGCGGACAUUGACAAUGCACCAGAGGAGAAGAAGCGAGGCAUCACCAUCAACGCUGCACACAUAGAGUACGAGACAAAGAAACGCCACUACGGCCACAUUGACUGUCCGGGACAUGCUGACUACAUCAAAAACAUGAUCACAGGUGCUGCCCAGAUGGAUGGUGCUAUUCUGGUGGUAGCAGGCACUGAUGGAUCCAUGCCUCAGACCAGAGAGCACUUGCUUCUGGCCAAACAGAUUGGUAUUGAUAAGCUUGUGGUGUUCAUCAACAAGGCGGACGUGAUUAAUGACCCGGAAGUACUCGAGUUGGUAGAGAUGGAAAUGAGAGAAGUUUUGGAACACUUUAAGUAUGACUCUGAAAACACGCCCAUUAUCAUUGGCUCGGCCCUGUGUGCACUAGAGGGCAAGAACCCUGAAAUGGGGGCGGAGUCAAUCAUGACGUUACUGAAUGCAGUGGACGAGUGGAUACCCGAGCCGGUCAGAGUGUUUGACAAACCGUUCCUCAUGCCUGUCGAGAAUACCUACUCCAUCCCCGGUCGCGGUACAGUGGUGUCGGGUCAGAUUGAGAGGGGGAAGAUCAAGAAGGGAGAUGAAGUAGAAUUUGUUGGAUACAGGUCAAAACUCAAAACAAUUGUUACAGGUUUGGAAAUGUUCCGUAAGUCCCUUGACUUUGGGCAGGCUGGAGACCAGCUGGGUGCGUUGGUACGAGGGAUUAAGAGGGACGAGGUGCGACGAGGGAUGGUCAUGUGCGCCCCGGGAACUGUGACGGGUCACACCAAGAUACAGGCACAGGUGUACGUGCUCAAGAAAGAGGAGGGAGGAAGACACAAACCGUUCGUGACAGGGUUCCAGCCACAGCUGUUCACACGGACUGCAGAUAUGACCGUCACCAUGGCACUACCUGAAGGAACAUCCAAUUUCGAAGUAGCUGUUUGGUAGUGCAGCGAUUUACUUUCAUUGACAAGCCCAAAUCGUUCCUUUUAUAAAAAAUUAACUGAGGACGUUAAUUAAGAAGUAUCGGUAACAAUAUUAACGCUAUCUUGUGGCUUCUGGUGAUGACCAAGAUGACGAGACUGAAUCCGUUGUGAGGAAUAAUCGAGGCAUUUGUCUGAAGAAGCCACCUAUAUCAAUCUAUUGUACAGAUACUUUAUAAACGUAUGGGUGUUUCUAAUUAUAGCCUUUCGUACACCAUACCAAGAUAUUC